AUGAAGUUCCUCUACAUUGCCACCGCCCUCAUUGGAGCCGUCACCGUCCAGGCCGCCAAGCUGCCCUCCGGCGCACCCUGCAAGCCUGAUGGAAGCAUGGGAGUCUGCGCUUCGGGACUUUGCAUUAAAACUCCUGACCAGCCCCAGGGCAAGUGCAAAUGA